GAAAAUGAGCGUGAAAAUGAAGCUUGGUUUGUUGGUGUUUGGGACCAUUGGGUCGAUGCUAUUGGAAUUUGUGAGUUGCAAAACUGUUCAUAUUGUGGGAGACCAAUUGGGCUGGAACAUCCCCACCCAACAAACUUUCUACGAUGAUUGGGCCAAGAAAAAAGCCUUCGUCGUUGGUGACCAGCUUGUUUUCCAAUACCACCCAGGGCUUAACACAGUGGUGAUGGUAAAUAAAGAGGAUUACGAGCAUUGUUCAACGAGAAAUGUUCUUCACACCUAUUUCAAGGGCAACUCCUCUGUUACUUUGGAGAAAGUUGGUGACUAUUAUUUCUUCUCUUCUGUUGGCAAGCAUUGCGAGGCUGGCAUGAAGCUUCACGUCACUGUUACUAAUCCCCUCAAAUCCUCUCAGUAACUUCUGCAUAUACUAUUCAAAGGAUUUAUUCACUUUAGAUUAUUUUUAAGUUUUAACCCUUCUUAUGUACUUAGUAAAUGCCGCGACUACGAUGACACACAUUUUAAAACUCUAUAAAUUCACAAUAAUAUUUUUAUAAAUUUUCUGUUUUUU